AUGGACAUUCUAAAGAGCUUACGUGCAAAAUUUGCAAUAGAGGAUAUGCCAUUUAACCAGCUACAUGGAAGUGAUGAUGAUGAAAUUGCAACAAAAGAAUUGCACUAUUUCUUUCCUGUUGAACACACAUUGGUGGCACUGAAAGCUGUUGCUUUACGUGAAUGCAAAGGUGCUAUAAUAAUCAAGAUCCAGCAAGCAAGCUUUACAAUCACUGCAAUUAAAGCAGUUGAGCUGACCGCAGAGACAGCAGCAGAAUUCUACAAAGUGUAUGAAGAAGAAUCAUUCUUCAAUGAACUGAUAGAAAAUAUGACUCAGAGUCCAACAGUGAUGAUGAUUCUUACCAAGGAGAAUGCUGUUAGAGAUUGGAAUGAAUUGAUGGGACCUGCAGACCAUGAGUUGGCAAAGGCAUCUUUUCCAAAUUCCCUUCGAGCUCAGUUUGACACAAGUAUUUUACGAAAUGGAUUUCAUAGUUCCCCCAAUGUAAAACAUGCAAGAUACUGCAUCAGUUUAUUUUUUGGAGAUACAAUCCUGGAUUCAUUUGGAGCUUCUCUAGAGGAGGAACAACCUGCUUCAGAAUCUCCAAGUCCUGCAGCGAGUCCCACUGACGUUGAACCUUCUGACAUGGUGGAUGUAGAAGGUCCCACUGGUGAACAAGAAAUAACUGCUUCAGGUACUGCAUUGGCAACUGGGGCUGAAAGUGUACCUUCUCCUGGUGAACCCCCUGAUGCCACCACUGCAGGUGUAUCUUCUCCAGGUGAGGCCUCUGGUGCUGGCAUCGAAGGUACAAUUGUUCCUGAUGAACCCUCUGAUGCUGGCACUGAAGAUAUUCCAGUCCCUGGUGAAAUCCCUGAAGCUAGCACCCAAGAAAUAACUGCUCCCUCUGAUGUUCCUGAUUCUGGCACUCAAGUACCUGCAGCUGAGGAAGCCCCUGAUGCCAGCACUGAAGAUGUACCUGCACCAGAAGAAGCCCCUGAUGCCAGCACUGAAGAUGUACCUGCAUCAGAAGAAGCCCCUGAUGCCAGCACUGAAGAUGUACCUGCACCUGAGGAAGCCCCUGAAGCCAGUGCUGAAGAUGUACCUUCACCUGAGGAAGCCCCUGAUGUCAGCGCUGAAGAUAUGCCUUCACCUGAGGAAGCCCCUGAUGCCAGUGCUGAAGAUGUACCUGCACCUGAGGAAGCCCCUGAUGCCAGUGCUGAAGAUGUGCCUUCACCUGAGGAAGCCCCUGAUGCCAGCACUGAAGAUGCACCUGCACCAGAGGAACCCCCUGAUGCCAGUGCUGAAGAUGCACCUGCACCUGAGGAAGCCCCUGAUGCCAGUACUGAAGGUGUACCUGCACCAGAGGAAGCCCCUGAUGCCAGCACUGAAGAUGCACCUGCACCUGAGGAAGCCCCUGAUGCCAGUGCUGAAGAUGCACCUGCACCUGAGGAAGCUCCUGAUGCCAGUGCUGAAGGUGUACCUGCACCAGAGGAAGCCCCUGAUGCCAGUACUGAAGAUGUACCUCCCCCUGCCGAAUGAUAGUGUCCAAUAAAUACCUGGUUCUGCCCUUAUAUCUUUUGCUGGCUCUUCAGAUGUACUUGGCGCAAUUUCUAGUGCGCAUGCUGAAGCUGAUGGCUGUUGAACUAGCUUUUACAUGUAACUGCCUAAACAAUGUAACUGCAUCCUGACCUGACUGUCAAUACAAUUUCUGUCACAUCUAGCUUGAUCCUGGCUCUAAGGUGUAAUACUUGUUUCGAGAUCCUGUUAUCUGUAUCAAGUGAGAUCGCAGCAUUAAUCUUGAGUCUAGGAAUUGCACUCUUGAGUGUUGCAUUCUAGAAGGAAAGAAAGCAGACAUAAGGCAACAAAACUACUAAUGUAACUUAAAUGGAAAUAGUGAGAAUGUAAACACUAUUAAAUUAAGCUUGUCAGAUCAAAUAAGCUUGUCAAAUAACCCAUUUUGAACUUCACUACAAGAUCUGUGGUUCUCUGGAAUAUUAGUUACAUUCAAAAAAAGGCAAUACAUGAUCAAUAACAUUCAACAGUAUAUAAUUUCAUAUUUUAUUGCAUUAUCAAAAGUCUUCAUUAUUUGGA